AUGGCCGGCGCCGUCGCCGCAUUCACCGUCGACGUCCUCGUCUAUCCGCUUGACACCCUCAAGACUCGCUACCAAAGCCAAGACUACCUCUCAACAUAUGGGACUUCUGGUCGGAAAGCACUGGCACCCAGGGGCCUGUACCAAGGGAUAGGGAGCGUGGUCCUGGCCACACUCCCGGCAGGUAUUGUUCCAACAAACGCUCGCCCUCAUCCAACGCGCAUGCUUACCUUUGCAGCCGGCCUCUUCUUCUCAACUUACGAAAAGGCCAAAACUGUCAUCGGCAGCCUUCCCCUGCAUCAAUCCCUCGUCCACGCAUCCGCCUCGGCGACCGCCGAACUGGCAUCGUGCCUGGUCCUUGCUCCCGCAGAAGUCAUCAAGCAAAACGCCCAGAUCCUCCGUGAGGACCGUACCAAAUCACGCACGUCUACGUCCCUUCAGGCCUGGCGACAACUUGCCGCUGGCGACGCGCCGAGGAGGCUGUUCACGGGGUACACGGCGCUUGUAGCGCGGAACUUGCCAUUCACAGCACUGCAGUUUCCGAUUUUCGAGCAUCUGCGCUCGUGGGCCUGGGAGAAGAGACGUCAGGGAGGCAGCAAGGAGAGGGGGCUCCUGGAGACGGGUUUGAUAGCGGGUGCGAGUGCGGGCGGCGCCGGGGCUGUCGCGGCAUGGGUCACCACGCCGAGUGAUGUGGUGAAGACGAGGAUGAUGCUCACGGCGGGCAAGUCGGAUCGUCGGAGCGGCGAGGGCGGAGGGAAGAAUGGGAGAGUGACCUCGUGGACGGUGACGAGGCAGAUCUACAAUGAGCGAGGGCUCGUGGGUUUCUUUCGCGGGGCGCUGUUCCGCUCUGGGUGGACGGCGUUAGGGAGUUCAUUGUACUUGGGGACGUAUGAUGGCGCCAAGCUGUGGUUGCGGAGGAGAAAGAGCGCUGUGGAUGGCGACGAUUUGACGGUGCUGUGA